AUGGACAGCGAUGAGCCAGUAGACGACAGUCGGCCAACCAAGAAAAGCAGACUUUUCAUUGCGAGACUAAAGAAAACGCGCUGUGAUGAGAAGCGACCGACUUGUGGUCCAUGCAAGAACGCUGGGCUUGAGUGCAACUAUGGCGAGCGCAAAGCCACCAAGAACGAGGUCACUCUGAGUAUGAUCCUGCAUAAGCUCGAGCGAAUGGAUGCGAAGAUUGACUCAUUGUCCUCAACACCGACUUCAGACGUACGAUUCGACCAUCCCGCAGAGUUACCGACCAGUCCAUCUACUCCAAAGCUGUGCACAACACCAAUCUCUUUCAGCUCUCGCAGAAUGUUCUCAUGGCCAGCUAUGCGUGACCUCCUCCCUCCGUCGCUGGAAUCGGUACCUGCAGAAUAUGCUUUGAACCUGGAGGAGAACAGACCGAAGCUUCCCGUUAGGGUAGAACCUCAAGCCGACCUCAGCCCGGCCACGGUACGCGAAUUGUCAGAGGCAUAUUUCGCUACUUUCAAUCUUGCCAACCCUGUGCUUGAUCGCAGGAUGUACUUUCAGCAGACGAUGCGCACGGCGAUUAGUGGUGGCUUUGGCUACGAUGCACAUAGCUGCUGCGUACUCAUGACAAUGGCCCUAGGAAGCUUUGGCAUACGAGCCGUCGACGAAUGCCGUCCCGACGAUCUUUCAAACGGCCAUACUACACAGUCGAAUACGGACGGGGCCGCUGAGCCUACCGGCCUUGUGUAUUAUAACGAGGCUCGCAAGCGAGUUGGUUUUCUCGAAGGCGAUCACUGUAUGCAAGCUUGUCAAUUCUACUUACUAGCUGCCGUCUAUCACGGUCAACUCCUACGCCCGGUCGAUUGCUGGUCGAUGACAAUGCGAGCUGCUGUCAUCUGCCUCAAGUACUGGACUGCUCCCAGACAAGUUGACGACUGGACUUCGGACAUGUUUUCUAGGCUUUUCUGGAUCACGGUCAUGUACCAAACGAUCCUAACGCACGAGCUCACAGGUCUCCCCAUUUCGAAGAUCCAUGAUAUGGAGGACCAAGUGCCACUGCCGAAGUUUGUCCCAUACCUGUCAAGCUCUCCGGCUGACACAGAAGAGGAGGAGGAGUCCUUCUAUCACUACCAUUUCCUCAGCCAAAUUGCGCAUCGCCUCUUCCUGACGCGGGUAUAUACCAGCAUCUAUCAUGCGAUGCCCACGGGAGACUAUCCGAACACUGCGCUCGCUAGAGAGCUUUAUCACCAACUCGAACGAUGGCGAUCACAAUUGCCGUCAGGACUCCGCUUUGACGAAGAAACGCCAGUGGAUGGCGCCGGCCCACUCGGUGAUGUAUUGGUAGUCGCGCUACUGCGAAGUCGGUACUUUGUAGCGCAGUAUCAUCUCGGAAGACCCUUCCUAUACAAAGCUCUCCAUCAGCCAAGCAUGCUAACCGAGGAAGACGUACAGAGGUGCAGAGAAGCAUUGCAAGCCACCCUGAAGUGGGCAGAUCUGGCCUUGAACAUGCUCAGCAUCAAGAGCUGUGUGCCACUAGCUUUCCCGAUUUGUGGCCAGACAUUCGGCCAACUGGUAUUGAUGUAUGCGUUUCGGUACAAUCCCCAGCCAGCUCUACAGCAGCUACUACCGACGGGCUGGGAGCAUUGGGCGCAUCGUGGACUGCAAGUCCUCCGGGACUACUCCGACAUGAGUCCCGCCAUUGCCAAGGACUAUGAGAUCGCCAGUACGUUGUUCUCGAUGGCUUCGACAUGA